CGUGGGGUCUUUGUCAGGGUAUGGCAGCGCUGGGAGCCGUAGUGAAGAAAGUGUGGUGUAUCCGCCGCUAUUUGGUGCUUCUGUGCGCUCCGCUGCUGCUGCUGCCCAUCCUCUUCAGCCUGCCCCCCAAGGAAGGAAAAUGUCUCUAUGUCAUUUUGGUGAUGGCUAUAUAUUGGUGCACCGAAGCUCUGCCUUUAUCAGUGACUGCUCUUCUCCCUAUAAUUCUGUUUCCUUUCCUUGGAAUUCUCCCAGCCAACAAAGUAUGUCCCCAAUACUUUUUAGACACCAACUUCCUCUUUUUGAGUGGCUUGACCAUGGCGGCCGCCAUUGAAGAGUGGAAUCUGCAUCGUAGAAUUGCAUUAAGAAUUCUUAUGUUAGUGGGAGUCCAACCAGCCAGACUCAUUUUAGGCAUGAUGCUAACAACUUCCUUCUUGUCCAUGUGGCUGAGUAACACAGCCUCUACUGCUAUGAUGCUACCAAUUGCAUUGGCUGUUUUAAAAAGCCUUUUCGGAGAUAAGGAAACAUCUAAUGAUUGCAAUAGUGUAAAAGAAGAAAAUAAAGGUUCAGUACAUCAGAACAAACUUCACAUGGUGCCAACUGAGAUGCAGUUUCUGACAAAUGCUAAUGAGAAAGAUACGAUUGAAGAGAAGGAAGUCACAGUUGACAUUUCCUUGGAUGUAAUGAAGGAAGAACAAGACAAGACAAAUGUAUGGAAAGGAUUUCUGAUUUCCAUCCCUUAUGCUGCUAGUAUUGGUGGAACAGCAACACUGACUGGGACAGCCCCAAAUCUCAUUCUUUCAGGACAGUUAAAGAGUUAUUUUCCAGGAUGUGAUGUUGUGAACUUUGGCUCUUGGUUUGUGUUUGCCUUUCCCUUAAUGUUGCUUUUCCUUUUUCUUGGAUGGCUCUGGAUAUGCUUCCUUUAUGGAUGCAUUAGCUUAAGAGAUUGCAAAAAGAAGAAAUCAAAGAUAAGAGCUGAAGCAGAAGGCAGAGUUCGGGCAAUUAUAAGGGAAGACUAUGAGAAACUGGGACCAAUAAAGUUUGCAGAGCAGGCAGUAUUUGUUCUCUUCUGUUUAUUUGCCAUAUUGCUAUUCUCCAGAGAUCCAAAAUUCAUCACAGGUUGGGCAAGCUUAUUCAAACCAGGGUUUGUCUCAGAUGCAGUUACUGGAAUCACAAUAGUGACAAUACUGUUCUUCUUCCCAGCGAAAAAGCCAUCUCUUAAAUGGUGGUUUGAUCUAAAAGCAUCAAAUGUUGAGAAUGAACCUUUGCUAACUUGGAGCAAAGCCCAAGAAAGUGUGCCUUGGAAUAUAAUCCUGUUGCUUGGAGGAGGGUUUGCAAUGGCAAAAGGAUGUGAGGAAUCAGGUUUGUCUAUCUGGAUUGGCGGUCGUCUUGACCCUCUAGAGAAUUUACCUCCCCCUGUGGCUGUAAUUCUCAUCACAGCAGUUAUAGCAAUGUUCACAGAAUUUGCCAGCAACACAGCUACAAUCAUCAUCUUCUUGCCUGUCUUGGCAGAACUGGCCAUUCGUUUGAAGGUGAAUCCACUCUACUUGAUGAUACCAGGAACUGUAGGAUGCUCUUUUGCCUUCAUGCUUCCAGUCUCUACACCCCCAAAUUCCAUUGCUUUUGCUUCUGGGCAUUUGAUGGUCAAAGAUAUGGCGAGAACUGGCCUACUGAUGAAUUUGAUGGGAAUCUGUCUUCUGAGCUUGGCCAUCAAUACUUGGGCUAUGAGCAUUUUUCAGCUAGGCAGCUUUCCUUCCUGGGCCAACAUCCAUAUGGAAAACGUAACCACCCUACUGGGAGAUGCUCAGAACAUUACUUUGAACUUAACUAUAAAUAAACUUAUAUAACUAUUACUUAACUAUAAGUAAAGCAACCUUAUUGAUGAGAUUGAGUGAGAAAACGUCUGUUCUCAAAUCUGAGCACUAAAUUAAAUUGAUAUUGAAUACUGGUACACAUGGAAGGACAUACUGUGGAUGUGCCUCCACCAUAGGACCAUCAAGUAUUUUCAUUUGUUUUUACAAAUCUUUGUAAAUAUUCAUUGACUAUUUGAAAGACAUAAAAGACUUUUUCAUUUUUCAUUCAAAGAAUUACCAAAUAGUUUUAGAUAAGUCUAGUUUUUCACUGUUUGAGCCCUGGAAGAUCUUUUCCUAUCUUUCUUUGUUCAAAUAAAGGGGAUUAUUUUGCUUUACUAUUUGGGUAUUUAAUGUAGGAGCAUACUGCCAUCUGAAUACAGAAGCACACGAGCAAUUAAAACAAUGUAUUUCCCCUUGAAUCAUAAAGCUUAUUGCAAAGUACAAUAUAUAUUUUCUGCCAGAUAGCAGGUUAUCAAAGCAGAAAUGUUUUAAAAAAACAUCUGACCUUGUUUGAUCAUGGUGGUGACAACUUGGUAUUUAGAAAAAUCAGGAGAAAAGAUAAUAUUGACAAAAUUAUAAAUCUGAGUUGUUCUGAAAGAUAGGAGAGAUAAAAUGGAAAAGGAAUGAUUUCGCAUAUAUAUGAAAUAUGGGUGGGAAAGUACUGCAUAUAAUAAGAAAGAAAAGUAUUUAUCAUCCUUAUUUUAUGUGUGAUAUUUAUUUACCAUCUAUAAAUAAAAUAGCCAUAAUAAGGUCAAAUAAUAGGACACCCAAUUCUGUUGAACAUUGAUAGGAAUCUGUAGUAACUUAAAUGCUGUGAUCACCUCUUAAGCCAGAGUUUCAUUUCACAAAAUUGUUGAAAACACUGAUAUGUAUUAAAGAGCAUGUCAGUAGAUCAACACCCUUGACGUUGCCUUUUGUGUCUGUUUCUUGAGGCCAAAGAACAGUACUCAUUGUGUGUAUUUAAAAAAAAAAAUUGUUUGAACAUGUAUACUCUCUCCUACCAGAAUUACACACUUAGGAUUUUAAUUAUAUUCUUGAUAAAUUAUAUAUGUGCACGGUGAUCUCUAAACAAUUUCUCUAGUGAUAUAAAACCUGAAAUUAAGCUGUAUGGAAGAAUUGGAUAUGGCACUUGCACAUACCCAAAAGUUGCUCUCAGAUUGUAGUUUAUGUGAUAAAAAAGGGACAAUUGCUAAAUAUAUGGCUAGAGAGUAGUAAUUAUAAGUGAAAUUAAUGUUAAUCACAUGUAAAUAUGAGUAAAAUGAAAUUAUAUACAGUAUGGUUUUUACCAUGAAUAUGUCCAUGAAUUUUGGUACUCAAUGUUCAAGUUCAAAUGAGUUUGUAUCACAUAAAAUGUUGGCUGCCCAGAACUGCCAUACACAAGCUUAUUAGUCCAGUAAAUGAUAAACAAUUUAUUGAAGAAAAAAGGGAGGAAUGUAGGUUUUCUGAAUUAAAAUGAUCCUUUAACAAAAAGCAAUUACUAUGAAAAAUUGUCAACAGUAAGAUUUUGAAAUGAGAACCUAGUCAGUUCUAGAUUCUACCAUGUCUUAUUGCAGGCUUGCUAGAUUCUUUCAGUGCAUUCUUGAUCCCAUUAAUGUCAGGGAUUUGAGGUAAUCCAAAAUAAAGCGGAAAAUGAAUUGAAUACUGGUCUGUUUUCAUUCAAAAAUACCGUUAAGCUUAAGUGACCAGUUACCCUUAGCAUUAUUCUAGUUUUUUUUUACAGUACAUAGCAAUGUAUGAAGGAGAUCUGAACUGGUAUUAAGGUUUGUCUUAUAUUGUUAUUCUCUAGAGUAUGUUAGAUUCCACCAAGUGCAUGAUCUGACUUCAUAUAAAAUAGUGUGCUGGGCAUAGGAUAGAGCAGUGUUUCUCAACCUUGGCCACUU